UUCAUUUUCUCUGUUUUUUUUCCUGGCUAUUUCAUCGUAAUAAAAAUAAAUAAACAAAUAAAUCAUCAUCAUUAUGGCAUCACGUAAAAAGGCAUUGUUAAAAGUAAUCAUUCUUGGUGAUAGUGGUGUGGGGAAAACAUCGUUAAUGAAUCAAUAUGUAAAUCAUAAAUUUUCCAAUCAAUAUAAAGCGACUAUUGGUGCAGAUUUUCUCACCAAAGAAAUUAUUGUUGAUGAUCGUCUUGUUACUAUGCAGAUUUGGGAUACAGCAGGACAGGAACGAUUUCAAUCAUUGGGUGUUGCAUUCUAUCGUGGUGCCGAUUGUUGUGUACUUGUAUAUGAUGUAACAUCACCUGGUUCAUUUAAAUCAUUGGAUUCAUGGCGUGAUGAAUUUUUGAUUCAAGCAUCACCACGUGAUCCGGAAAAUUUUCCAUUCGUUGUUAUUGGUAAUAAAGUUGAUCUGGAUAAUCGUGCCGUUUCAGCUAAACGUGCACAAGGAUGGUGUCAAAGUAAGAAUAACAUUCCAUACUUUGAAACAAGCGCAAAAGAAGCCAUUAAUGUUGAUCAAGCAUUUUCAACUGUAGCCAAAAAUGGUUUAGCCCAAGAAACUGAAGUUGAAUUGUAUAAUUCUGAAUUUCCUGAUAAAAUUAAUCUUUCACAGGAUCAAAAUCAACAACGAAAUGAUAAUUGUGCUUGUUAAAUUUUUUUUUCUUUGUCUUUUUUGUAAAUGAAAACAAAA